AUGCCAAAUCGGAAACGCUCACAAGCUUCGCAAGAGCUCAUUGACUCGGUCGACGAAGAUGAAAUACAGGGCCAUACUUUUGCGUCCCCUCAAUCGAGGAAACGUCCCCGCGUAUCCGGUUCGCCUCAGUCUAACCUCUCCAAAGACAGUUCUGGAGCUAGCGAUGGUGGGGAAGAAAUAGAGCAGGGCCCCAGAUCAGCUGCCGCUGAUCUCGAUCAGGAUGAAGAGGAGCUGGAGUUACUUGCGACACAAAUAAUUCAAGAAAAAUACUCGUUUGCCAGUGAUGAACCCAAUGUGCCGUCAGAACAUGGAAUUCUUGAAAGGGUCGAAUGUUAUAACUUUAUGUGCCAUGAUCACUUCCAAGUCGAACUGGGCCCUCUGAUUAAUUUCAUCGUGGGUAAAAAUGGCAGUGGAAAAAGUGCUGUUCUCACGGCCAUAACUCUCUGUCUGGGGGGGAAGGCAUCAGCUACCAACCGUGGUCAGAGCCUCAAGAGUUUCGUCAAAGAAGGCAAAGAGUCCGCGACAAUAGUUGUUCGAAUCAAAAAUCAAGGCGACGGCGCUUACUUGCCUGAUGACUUUGGAAAAUCGAUCAUCGUGGAACGACAUUUUUCGAAAAGUGGUGCAAGUAGCUUCAAGAUCAAAGCAGAGAAUGGGCGCAUUAUUUCGACAAAGAGAGCUGAGCUCGACGCUAUCAUUGAUCAUUUUACGUUGCAAUUCGAGAACCCCAUGAAUGUCCUAUCGCAAGACAUGGCUCGCCAGUUUCUUAGCUCCUCGAGUCCCGCUGAAAAGUAUAGGUUUUUCGUGAAAGGUGUCCAACUAGAGCAACUUGACCAAGAUUACCGAUUGAUUGAAGAGUCCGGUGACCAAAUCGAGGAAAAACUACGAAGUAAAGAACAGGAUAUUUCUUCGUUGAAAGAUCGUCGAGAUGCAGCACAAAAGAAAUUAGAGAUGUCGGACCAGCAAGAGUCGCUCAGAAACCGGGUUAGAAAUCUCCGAAACCAAAAUGCAUGGGCACAGGUCGAAGAACAGGAGAGGGUUAGAGACGCUUUAGGAACCGAGCUAUCUAGAACAGACAGGAAGAUAGCCGAGGCUGAAGCUGGGAUAGAAAGAUACGACGCAGCAAUUCGUGAAGCCGAGGCCGAAAACGAAACAGCAACCGAAUAUUCUAGGGAGGCGUCUAUGAAAGUUGCCAACGCUCAAGGUGGAAGGGGGGAUAUGCAAUCCAGGUUAGAUGAAAAAAUGAACGAACGACAUGAUCUCCAGGCUGAGCAACGCCGAAUUCGAGAGCAUCUUAGGGAGACAGAAACAAGAGUCGGGGUUCUACGACAAAGAAUUGAUCAAGAAACCCAGCGACUGGCCGACCUCCAUGGUGGUGGCUAUUCCCGGAAUUGGGAGGAACUUGAGCAAGCCAAACAUGAUGUCGUCGAAACUCGUACAAGGAGCGAUGAACAUCAGCAGAAUGCGAAUCGAAUAUACGAUGAAAUAAAAGCGGCCGAAGACCAAGAAAGGAGAGCAAAUCCACCAGUCGCACAAGCCAAGCGCGAUGUCAAGGAAGUGGAGUCACUGUUGCAUAACCUUAACAGAGAAGGCGAAAGCAGAGACUCAGGCUUUCCCGACGGGAUGCCGAUCCUUCUGAGAGCAAUCCAACAAGAGCAAGCAUUCAGCGAAAGGCCUGUAGGACCGAUUGGGAAUUUUGUGACACUUCUCAAACCAGAAUGGUCAUCCAUUUUAGAGAGCUCAUUUGGAGCGACCUUGAACAGUUUUAUUGUUACUUCAAAAAGAGACCAAACCGUCCUAUCUGGGAUCAUGCAACGAGUCAACUGUUCUGUCCCUAUUUUCAUCGGCAGUGGUGGGCGUUUAGAUACGUCACAGCAUGAACCAGAUCUCCGAUUUGAUACUGUGUUACGAGUACUUCAGAUCGAUAACGAAAUUGUGCGAAGACAGAUGGUCAUCAAUCAUGGGAUAGAACAAAACCUUCUUAUCGAGAACCUUGAAGAAGCAUCCUCUGUGCUAUUUGACGGUGAAAGGCCGAGAAAUGUCAAGCGCUGCUAUUGUAUUAACCAAACAGACAGAAGGCGAGGCAUUCAUUUGUCUUAUAGUCGGUCUGGUGAACCAAGUCAGGCUCCUGUUUCAGUUUACAAUGGCAACCCCAGGAUGAAAUCUGAUCAUGACUCCCAAAUAAAAGUACAACGCGAUGUAGUUGCAAAUCUCAGACAAGUCCUAAGCAGCCGAGAGGAAGAACUACGCUCUGCGCAGUCUCACCUAAACCGCUGUAGGCAGGCUCGCGAAAGGUACGAGAGAAGGAAAAAUGAACUUCGUGUUGAGUGUCAAAGGAAAGAAGACCGUGUUGAAGAGCUCGAAGAAGCGCUACAGAAAGAGAGUGGCGAAAAUGGUGAUCUUGAGGUACUCCAGGCAAACCUUAGGGAUACUGAAGAGGAACGACGUCUUAAUGAAGGCUCCCUCAAAGACUGUGCAGAUGCUAUGACCGAUACGAUGCAAAACUUGAAAGAAAUCAGGCAAGAAAUGUCGGCCAAGGAUGUCGAGAUUGCUCAGUUCAAAGAAGAGCUCCGGGUUGCCGAGAGCGAGCAGCAUUUGGUCUCAGACAAACGACGCAAGAGAAUUGGUGAAAAAAACACCGCAAUCGAGCAUAUAGAGGACUUUCAUCGAAGCAGAUCCCGUCUCAAACAGAAAUUGGAGGAGUCUGAGGCUAGGGUGCACGAUUACUGUGAAAAGGCUGGUUUGGUUUCAGAGCGAGUUGAGAUCGACCAGGGUGAGACUGCUGCCAGCCUAGACGAAAAGCUAGAGAGGCUUCAUCAAGAUAUCACGCGAUAUAACCGAGAGCUGGGGGGCACUCGAGAUGAAAUUCGCGAAGAAGCAGAGAAGACAAACAAAGAUUAUCAGCAGGCAUUAAGACAAGUGGAGGAGUUCCGCCUCCUUGUUGAUGUUCUCAAGUCCACCCUCAAGCACCGUAUAAAGCGCUGGCAUAACUUCAGGUCACAUAUUUCCUCUCGCGCGAAGGCACAAUUUACGUAUCUUCUUAGUGAAAGAAGUUUCCGCGGAAAACUCCUAGCAGACCACGAGAACAAGGUUCUAGAUUUGCAGGUUGAACCCGACAUCACAAAAGACAGCAGUGAAGGGCGUGGCGCCAGAACAUUGUCUGGCGGCGAAAAAUCCUUCUCGCAGGUCUGUCUUUUGCUAGCGCUUUGGGAGGCCAUGGGAUCACCUAUCCGCUGUUUAGAUGAAUUUGAUGUUUACAUGGAUCCUAUUAACAGAAAAAUGGCGAUCGAUAUGCUCAUGCAUGCCGCCAGACGGUCGAUCGGACGCCAAUUUAUACUCAUUACACCCGGUUCAAGGGCUGAGAUUAGUCUUUCGCCUGAUGUUAGAGUGAAAGAGUUGGCAGAACCGGAACGAGGGCAGGCAAGGUUAUCGUUUCAGCAGUAG